UAAAAACAACACGUAGCUUGAGUUCUGUCCUUUCGAGCGAGUCGUUCAUGCAGGCUUCGGACAUGUUCGACAACGGCUCGAAACCUCCCGGCGGAACACCAGUCCAAGGCUCGACCCUCCCCCGCAAUUUCUACGCGUAUUCCCCGUCUCUCCUACACCAGCCCGCCGACUUGGACGAGAGCCACGACUCCUCCUUCAACUCCCUCAACUUCUCGAGCACGAGCUACGACCGCCGGACUCGCCAACGCCCCGGAAUUCGCCACCAUUCGUUGGUGAAGCGACACGCGGAGCUGGCAAUGGCGGCGGAGACGUCCCUCAACCCCAGGACGCCAGGGUGUAGCCCCGCCAGCCUCACGAGUCUCAACACCAGCUCGUACUCCAUAGGACACCACAAGACCCGUAAGGUCGCGUUUCGACCCAAGACCUUCCUGGAGGCGCUGAAGAAGCAGGGGCAGGCGUGGAGGGCCUGGCAGGAGAAGGUCAAGACCGAAAGGAAGACGGAGAGGAAACUGUUCUUCGAAGAGGCUGAGCUCCUUAGCAUCAAGAAGAGGCUGGAGGAACACCUUGAGAGGGUCAAGAACCGGGAAGUUGUGGAUAAAUAUAUUGAAUGCAAUAAAGUGACUUCCCUCUAA